AUGGCUGCUCAGCCAGAAGCAGCAGCCCAAACUGCAGGUCUAAAACCUCCUGAACUUGGAGGUAAGAAUAUGACUGCCACAGAAAUGAAGAGAAAGUGUUUUUAUGAAAAGGUACAGCAGAGGUGUCUGAGUCUGCAGGAGACAAAGGUGAAGAUGAUUCGUGCACAAAAGGCAAAAGAAGAAAAGGUGAAGAAGAGAGAACCCUGUGACUGGAUGUCCAAAGAGUGGUUCAGUGAAGAGAAAGAGUCACUAGAUACUCACAUCUAUUUGCUUGACAAACUCCUACCUACGUUAAUCCCAGGAAUGGAAAAACUCUUAAUGGAAGUGGAAAGAAAGAAUGUGCUUGCACCGGACAAAGAACCAAGAAAAUUUAACCCCAUUAUUUUUCUUGGAGAAUAUCUGAUGAGACAUAACCCUCAGUAUAGUAUUUCUACAAAACCAGGCCUGUACCUGAGAGGAAUGAAGAUGGUCACAGAGGAGCUAAAAACUCAGAUGCCCGGUACAACAUCAGAGAGGCUGGCCAGGAUGAAGUUGGAGGCAAAGAACAAACGUAAGGAAAGGGAGCAGCUGGAAAAUCUGAAGUCUCAGGUGAAAGAGAUGAGAAAGGAGGCGCUGGCAAUUCAGUUCAAAGAGUGGACAGUGGAUGUCAGUGGCAGAAUACCGGUUGCACUGGUUCAGAGUGCCCUGAGGUCUUUUCCAGAUGUCAUUGCUUCUACUCCCAUAGAUGUGAGAAAAGCAAUCUAUGGCAGGAAGCUGGAAAUCAUCGACACGUUGGAAAAAAAAGUAAACAUAGAUGAAUUCACAGAGUAUGUCUAUUCCUACACUGAACAUUUUUCAAAUGACAUGUUCCAAGAAACCCUGAAGCAUCUCUCUCAGUGUGCUGCUGACUUCCAAGAAGCAAUAAGACAUGAUAUGCGGAGGCAAAUGUUUACUGAUGUCUUCCUAGACUGUGAUUAUGGAAAGGUUGGGCUCUUAGACAGACAAAAAAUACUCGCCCUACUGGUAGACUUCUAUGACAGAAGCCCGGUGAUUGCUAAGAGGGGAUUCUGUAACCCAAGACAGUGGCCAAUAAUUGAGCUGCAAGAGAUUGAGCUUGCAGAUUUAUGGGGAGGCCUUGAUAGCCAGGAAGUUUGUGAGGAACUCAGUGAAAAGUUAGUCUUGUCUCAAACAGGAAUUUCUGAGGGAGAGAUUUUAGCGUAUGAAGCUGUAGAUGAUAAUAGACAAGCCACAUACAGGAUGAGAACUAGAGUCAGAGAAGGUCUGUUUGAACAAAUGGGCACAAGUGAAGCUGAGACUGGAGGAAUUUCUAAGGAAGAAAUCCAAGCAGCAGAAUCAAGUGAUGCUGAAGAUGCUCCAGUUGCAGAGGUUGUGAAAGAAACUCCUGCAGGAAAAGAGAGUUUUUCUAGGCAGCAUGGCAGCCAGUUUGGCCAACAGACAAGCCCAGAGACAAGACUGCAGGAUGAGGACCUUCUGCAAGACAAAGGUAAAGACUUACAUCCCAUCAUGGCAGAGAUUCAGAACCGUUGGGCUUCUUGUACUAGGAGUGCCUUUGAUGAAAGCUGCCUCAACCUGCCACAGUUUGUACAGCUCAUGGAGACAUUUGUUGGUGAAGACAUUUCUCUGCCUACUCUGAAGAGGCUUAUUGCAUUUAUCAAAGAAGAAUACAAACAGACAGAAGAGGAAAAAAUGGAACAACUAGAAAAAGUUCACCACAUCUCUCGCUUGGCCCAACGGAAACUGCUUCUGGAGGCACUGUUCGAAAAGUGGGACAACAAUGCAUCUGGGUUUCUGGACCUGGAAGAGGUGGAUGCUGUUCUAAGCACAUUCAAGGAAGGGAUGGAAAGAGAGGCCUUGAGGAAGGCAAAGAAACACCUUUGCUCCUGUUACCCACAGCUCAGCAGAGUGGGGAAGUUAUCCCCAAAGGCAUUCCAGACUUUCCUUGAGUUAGUUGCUUCUGAGUUCACUGGUGAUGAGGAUGAAGCUAUUGAGAAUUUGGUGGAAUUUCUGACUACAAGCGUGGAACAAAGUCACGUGGAGUGCCUGCAAAGCUUAGCCAGGAGGAAAUGGCUGCACAAUAUCCAGCAAGCAGCUGAGACCAGCGGAGCAAGCAUGGGACCAGUUUACAAAGCAGUGUUUAAGGCCCUCUCCCAGGAUGCAGAAGCCCACGGGGAUAACAAGAAGAUCAGUGCAUAUAUUGCCCUUUUGGAAGAGAACCAGCGCUCACCAGAGCGGGGACAGAUUCUCCUACGCUAUGUGGCAUGCACCGCAGAUGAUGCUCCAUAUGUUCUAAAUCAGAUACUUUACAGAGACAUGAAAGGAGUAAGCUUUGCAGCUGUUGAAGAGGGAAAGCCAAUCCAUGUUCCAAGAGUUCAGCUCCAUGGAAAUAUCCACUUCUGGAACUAUGACCGCCCAGUGGAGGAGAGAAGAGGUUCACUCCUGGUACUGUACGCUCGCUGGAAAGUCUUUGGCGUUCUAGGACUUGACACACUUCGGGAUGAGCGUGAGAAGACCAUCUUUCUGACCCAUGAGAUCAGUUUCUAUCAGGGAGUUUCUCAGGCGUUCAGCAAAGCCUACCACCACGUCUGCAGACUGGAAAAUAUUCUACAAAUGACUGUUACUGCUCUGGACUGGUUGUAUCCCAGGGCACCCAGCAUCCGCACUGUGAUUACAUACCUGGUGGAGCCUGGCAAAGACAAGACGUGUGACUACGCUCUGCGCAAGGUGAUUACUACAGAUAAUACAGGACAAAAAGAAAUUCAUAGCUCUCCUGUUCUUCUCCUCAGAAAAGAAAACCUCUUAAGAAUUUACUUAUUUAAGUGCAUAGACAGUUCAGAGGUCAUUUGCACUUCUGUCUGUGGAGAAUACCACACUGCAGUACCUCUCCGUGACCUAUCAGGACAAGCUCUUGGGAUAUUUGAUAUCAGCAUCGGGCACCAGCAGAAGUUACCACCUCAUGAACACAAAGACCUACAAAAAAUGCUAAAGAUGGCCCAAGCUGCCUGCUCUGAGAUACUGAAGAUGUCUUUAGAGGAAACAGAACCAACCUAUGUACUGGAGGCAGAACGCAUGGCACAUUUGAGGCAUGCCGGGAUUCUGUUCCACCGGUUCAUGCUGCAGGACCUGCGCGAGUGUGUCCAGAAACUUGAUGCUAAGAGCUUUGCUGAAAUAAAAAGCUAUGCAGAACCGCCAGCUCUGGUACAUAACAUAGUUAAGGCUGUGCUGUUGCUUUUCCAUCCAGACUGGAAGGGCUCAGAGAAGACUGAGAACUGGAGUCAGUGUAUACUGAAACUCGAUGACAAUUUGAUUCAGGAGAUUUAUUGUUUUGAUCCAACUACUGCAUCUGUGCAAGUUCAAGCAGAGCUGCUGCUGGACUGCAUCACUGGUAAAUAUCAUAAACUAAUCGUGUCCGCAGCCCGCCUCACCUCCAGCCGAGUCCCUCUACAACUGGGUCCACCCCUGCCUCUCACUAGCAGAGAUCGCAA